GCCUUGCACUUCAGCCGCAGAAUGUAAGCUUUCACUUGCUUUUCAAGUCUUCGCUGGAUUGCGGCCGUUAUCGUAGAGCACCGACCAUCAGCCCGAGCUCCAAAUAUGAUGCUAAUCUGAUGAAUCGGUUAUCUGUUUGGCUGCGGCGCUUGAUUGACAGAAUGGUAUGGCGACACUUCAGGCUCCGCAGCAAGUCGAGUCUGCACCAAGCCAUUGUCUAAACAGUAUAAGAGGGAUGCAGCACUGGCAGAUAGUCGAACAUCCAGCCACAACCACAUCGAACACGCACCACAACCACAUCGCACACGAUGCCGCAGCAGAAAGAGCAAAAGAAUCACGUCGAGCUGAAUGUGCCUUUCUUCAGCUUCAAGGCUAACGUUCCCCAACCUCCCCCUAUCCCUGUUCCCUUUGCGAUAAAUAUCGACAAGGCCACGGGAAAGGCCAUCCGCGAUCUCCUGAAGGACUUCGGAAUCACACCUCAGAAGAAGUAG